AUGCUGCGGCACUGGCGCUCGGACCCAGUUCUCAUCAAACCAAGCUAUACUGAAUUCAUCAGAAAGUGGAACUCCAAUGGUUUUUACACCUUUUGGUCUUUGAUUUUCGAAGGAAUUUUAUUGCAGAUUUAUUCGAAACGGGUUUCUGCACGGCUGACCUUUAUGGCAUCGUUAUUACUCUCAGUGAGGUGGGCUAAGAUUUUUUUUUUCUAUGAAACCGUAUUUUUCAGGUGAAUUACCUGACUAAAGAAGAAUCUACGCCCUUUGAGGAAAGAGAUAAGAGGCAGAGAAAGUUGUCCCAUCAGAUGAAGAGGCGGAACAGUGUCAUUUUAGCUAAUAUUCGAGAAGAAGAGUUUCAAACAGGUUAGAUUUUCAGAUGGCGUUUGGAAAAAAUUACUUCGAACAAGAAAAACACUCAUUCCUGUAUGUUUUGUAUCAAAACGAAAAAAUUUCUUGUGUUUUUUAUCUCCUUGAGAGAUCAUACAAUCUUUUCACUCAGAGGUCCAGUAAAAAAAUGAUAGCCUUCCAGUUGAAUUUGGGUGUGAAUGAGGUUUCCAGUGUUCAUAGCGUACCUAUUGAAUCAAUUGAAGAGUUUCAUUGCGAACUUUUUUUGAUUCGAUAACUUCUUUUCUAAUAAGCUCUCAAAAAAAAUUUUUUUAAAUAUUCACAGAUCUUCUGAAAAAAAUUUUUUUCAAAAAUUGGAAUGAAAAAUUGUUUCUUUUUUUCAACUAGGAAUUUCACAUCUUUCCAGCGAGUUCGAAGCGCUGGAACUCGAGCGAAGAAAUCCGAAGAGGUCGCUUGGAAUCAACUAACAGCAAACGCGUUUCCUUCUCAGUGAAUGCUCCUUCCGUUCAGAAGUUCUCUGCUCCUCCCAGCUUACAUCAACUUGAUGUCAGUUUAUUUUUUGCAGCGAAAAAUGAGAAAAAGGAUUGAAACUUGACUUCUUGGUACCUUUGAAAUAAUCACGAGGUUUUAGCAAGUUUGUAGCCUUGAGAAGGGGUUUGGAGUUUUGCAUUGUCUGUGGGAAAUGAUUAUUUUCAUGCCAAAAAAAAAGCUUUACCGAGGGAUCACACUAUAUUUUGGGACAUGUGAAAGUUUUAUUUUUUAUUUUUUUGAACAGAGAACGUUCAAGAAUUGAAAAAAACAGACGAAAAAAGGCUCUACAGAACUCACUGUUGAAACAUACCAUGGAAAAUAGCUAAUGAGUUCCGUUUGCAGGAAUUUAUCGUUUGAAAAGUACCUUGAUCAAAAUUGUUUUAAAUUUCUUUCGCAUAAAAGAUGCGGAAAUCAAGGUUUUGUCUCAUAAAUAAUGAUCUAGAGGAUAUUCACGGCAUACUAUGACUCAUCAGCUCAACGGAAAAAAAUCAAAUUAACUUUCAAUAAUUUCCAAAACCCCUCAUCACCCACAACUUUACAGCUCGACCUCCCCCGACCAAUUCUUCGAAAACCUUCGAUAAAUGGAAAGGAAACGCUGUGUCAUAUGGACUUCGAUACUUUCGUGGCUUGGCGGCGUGGAUCCAAAUUAAGCGAUGACGUCAUGCGGUCAAGAAAAGAAGCGCUUUUCGGGAAAGACCAACCCUCCAAGAGUUCCUGUGGAGACUGUUGGCUUUUCAGUGCAGUCAAGGUUAAUAGUUUUAUUUUCAAGAUAAUUUCUCCUCUGAACUGAUAACUAAGGAUAUUUGAACGAAUAAUAUCAACUGAGGAUAAACUGAUCAAGUUUUUCAUUCAAUUUUCGAAUGUAAACAAGAAUUUGAGAAACCCUAUAUGGACCACUUGAGCUUGAGGUGCUCAAAAAUCAGAUCAUAAACGUCUACAGGGACCUCCAAAAGUUUUCCUCUAGGGUUUUUUCCUCUGAACCAUAUAGGGACUACUCUGUCAUUUUCAAAAUGUUUCAAAUUGUUCACAGAAACUCGCUCCUUUUUAUAUAAAAUUAUCCUUUUCUCCUUCUUUCUUCUUCAAACAGUGAGAAAAAAAUCCCAGCCCUCAUAAAACUGAGUUAUUGCGAAGAAAAUAUCUUCACUCAAAAACAAAAUUAGCUCAGACAAUAAGAUUUUACUAACUUGAUUAUCUUUUCCAACAAAAUUGGGAGAAAGGCAAUUUUCGGGAAUAAAGCGUUUGAGGGCCUGAAAGAAAGAUUUUUUUAUGUUGAUUAAUAAAAUAUCAGUCUUUAAAAAAAUUCAAAAAGCUUCAUUCAGUGUUAUUCUCUAACCUUGAAAGCAAUUGUUUUGGUCUAGUGCCCUUUUUUUUCAAUAGUUUUGACAUUUAUUAAAUAAAUUCGUUUUCAGAGCGUUUUUGAGAGCUGCCUGAAAAAGCCGCGGAUAAACCCAUCCGACAACGACAAAAAAGAUACCGACGUCAUAUCGAUUGCCAAAUUUUGA